AUGCUAUCGACAACUGCGUCGCCCAUUUCGUCACAGCUCUCAUGGAGGUGCAGGGCGCUUGUGAUUCCUGGCGCUGGUGUCGUCUCUACGCGCGCGAGGCACAGAGAUGUGGCGGGGGUGCGUCGGUGCCGCUUGCUUCAUCCGUGCAUCUUGUCUGCCAGUAGCAUGUCAUGCCACCUAACCUCGACGCAUAAGCUGUUCAGCACCUGGGGGAUUUCGGAAUCAGGUCCAGUGAAUACGGACGGACCGAACGCAGCAGCAGCAACGUGCGAAGACUCCAGUGCAACGGAAUCGGACACUUCUUCGACCGCUGCACAGGCAUCUGCGCUGGCAAGCGAAGUUCGGCAGCUCCGCCAGCAGGUGAGCGAUCUCAAGGAGGCCCUCGAGGAUAGUCAAGAAGCUCUCAAGCAGCUCUUGAUCUUGUCCGCGUCGCAGACGCUGCAGUCUGCGUGGCGAGCCGCAGCGGCGGCACAAGCAUCAACACCCGCGGGCGCCACCGCUUCUGCUUCAGUUUCAUCUCUGGAUGGUCGUCGGCACCGACAGGGCGCAUGGUUUGUUGUGCGCACGAGCGAGGAGCUCAUGAGCGCCCUGCGCGGGCACGGCAGCGAGCACGCCUCGCACACGGUGCUGCUGGACGGGAAGCUGUUCAUCCUCGACCCCUACGCCCCCGUUGUCGUCAACCAAACACGCGUGUCCAUUGUAGGAAACAACGCUACCAUCAUUGGGCGAAUCGCCGUGAAAGGCCGCGGCGCGCUGCUGUCCGCCUCGGACGUCUUCCUCCUGGAGCCAGGUGACAUGCAUCUCCGGUGCGCGACCCAUGGCAGUGGUGACGAGGUCUCCGCUACUGCUGCUGCUGCGGCGGCGACGGCGCCGCUCUCGAUCAACCCAACGGGCCGAAAGGAUAAGAAUGCUGCCGGGCUCCUCAAGCCGGUCGUCAGUGCCACCGUCGGCGCCGGUGUCCACCUGAACCGCUGCACGCUGAGCAGCGGCCGAGACGGCGUCUACUUGGGCAUGGGCAGCCACUGCACCCUCAACUGUGUACGCAUCGUGAACUGCAUCCGCGGGCUGUAUGAGGGGGUUGGCUGCCGUACCUCGAUGCUGUCGGCGUGCACGUUCCAGUCCAAUCGGUAUCAUAUGGUGCUGCUGGGGCCCAGCAACGCUGAGCGAGCCACGCAGAUGUUCCGCAGAGCGUCGGGUGCUCGCGCUGUGGCGGUGGCGAGCCCGAGUGCUGCGACGGAUACGGAGGGGACAGCUUAUUCGGUGGUGUUCACCAGCUCUGCCUCGACCACAGACGUCCUUCCGCCCGGUUUCACCAGCGCCGGUGCCAUUGCGACGCGGCAGACGAAGGCGCAGGUGGUGCUGCAGCAUUGCCCUAUCACAGACGUCUACAGCGACUGCUGGUGCGACGGGGUCAAGGUGGAGCUCUCUGCGCAAGACGCGACGGCCGGGCUCAGUGACCCUCUCUUCUAA